ACAUCAUAAAACAACAUAUAAACAGAUUUCUUCUGGCUUCACUGCCGAUCUGUGAUGGAGAAGACGAAGGCUAGUCAUGGAGAUGAUGGGCAUGAGAGUCUUCCUCCUAUCCAUAGCCAAGUCGUGAAGAUCAAGAAAGAGUUUGAGAAGAUUCAUCACCCGUCGCUGCGACAGCCUGAGAUGCCGAGGGUGCUUCGCGAGAUCACGAGUCCACGACGUUCCCGAUCUCCCCUCGGGUUAGGAGAGAGAGAGAGACCCAUCUCUGUUGGGAAUUGAUAACAGAGACAGAGAGAGAGAGAGAUGGUGAUGGGUGACCUACUGUGUAUUGGGGUUUCUCUUUUUAUCUUUCAAUGUAAAUAUCUUUGGUUAAUGUGAUGAGUCUCCUGUUUGAUA